AUGUGGUACGAAAUUCUUCCUGGUCUUGGCGUCAUGACAGCUUGUCUCAUCCUUCCGGGGGUUUUCACUGCACAGAUCCACAAACUGACCAACGGGGGGAAGGUGAGAGAAUGUUGCUUUCCAAUGUUUUGAAUGACUGCAGUAGCUAGCAAAAUAUUCAUUUUUAAACUGGUUGAAGUUAUACUAUUAACAAUUUUUGUAUACUAGUAGUAAAUUAGCUGCGUUAACACUUAUUCUCCUUAACUUUUGCUUAGGAAAAGAGAAUCGCCAGGGUUCCAUACCAGUGGUAUCUGAUGGAGAGAGACAGAAGAGUGUCAGGAGUGGAUUUGUAUUACAAAUCGAAGGUAAAUAGCUAGGCGAUUAAUUCAAAUGUCAAUGCAGUCAUUUAGUACUGUAACGUUAUUACAACUGACCAGCAGUCAGCCAUCGCUUAGGCCUAACUAACUAUUUAUUCUUUACAGGGACUUGAGAACAUCCACUGA